AUGAAUGCUAAAACAUUACUCCUGUGUGUCUUCGUUGGUGUUUUGUUUAAGGAAAUAAAUUGCCUACAUAAACGAUGUAUGAAGUGCAGAUCAAGAGGUGAACUAGGAUCAUGUGGAGAUCCUUUUCCGUUUAAUGUGACUGAGCCUGAAGCAGAAGCUGGUAUACAUGUGGUAGCCUGUCCCUCUGGUUGGUGUGGCAAGAUGAUUGAAGGAACAACAGGAGCAUUUAGAACUGAUGAUUAUGGAGCGGCUACACAAAGAAUGUGUCUCCAGAGAUCCCCAAGUGAUGAUGAGGAAAGAUGUGCAUAUACUAUGUGGAACCAUAGAAAAGUUUACAUGUGCUUUUGUAAUGGUGAUCUUUGCAAUUCAGCAUAUAAAAUCUCAAGCCCUCCAAUACUAUUGACCUCAAUUUUUAUUAUUAUGUACAACUACUUCUAUUAUGAUAAUAAUUUA